CACAAAAGUUACAAACCCAAUUUGGUGGUAAAGUAAACUAACCCAGCGCGAUGGAACCGGAGCCUUCGCUUCGCCGCUCCAAGCGCGAGCACCAGCCAAGCGCGAAGGCCACUGCCUCAUCUGCGUCUGUCUCUCUCCCUCCGACGUUCUCUAGUGCCUCUCGACGCUCGCAACGACGCCGUGUAACCCGCUCAGCGUCCCCUGCGUCCACUCCCACCUCUACGCGUAACUCUUCACCCGUGCGGGGCCCAGUCGCCUUGCCCGCAUCCUCCGACCUUGUUUCUGUCGUCGUAGACGCGGUAGGACCCAAUGGCCAGCGGCGACGCGUUCGGGCGGCUGCUCACACAGGCUCCAACUCGAGCGUAACGCAGGGGCCACUCUCUUCCAACCCAAACGGAGUACACAACGACGACAAAGUGCUUGGCCGAUACUCAAGCCACGACUGUGCGUUACUAUGCGAAGUCAUCAUGGGCCAAUUGAAGAAGCAGACGCUGGCACCGACGGUGCUGGACGAGGCCAAAUCUCCAGCCUUCAUCAAGUGGGAACCAGUCGCCAAGAAGAUGGAAACGACGCACAAGCUUCGAAUGACGCCCCGAGAAUGUCAAAUACUUUGGAAAUUCCUGGCUUAUGGAGAUAUUCCAGUGGUCGAAAGUGACAAGGAGGACGAGCUGCUGCCUGAUUCGGACGAGGAAGAUUUCCACAAAACUUCAGCCGAAAUCAACGCUCAAGUAGCAGCCAGGAGAGAAAAAACAGAACAGGAGAAGGUCCAAGUGGUUGCAACUGAAGAAACGCAGCGUGAACAGAAUGUUACAGGAGAUAAACCAGAAAGUAACAAGGAACAAACAAAAUCGCAGAGUGAUGGUACACCGGAGACAGAGUCGUCUCUGCGGUUGUAUCCGACGUACUCGCUGCCAACGGGGGCUCCAGACGCUUGGUAUCGUCCGUUCGGACCGAAAGACGCGCUGCCUCUGACGUUCGUAGCGUCCAGAUUCCUUAGACGGAAGCCAACUCCGCCAAUGCAGUCGCUAAUUGGGAAAUCUACAGUCACAGGACAGCCAUUAACAACAGAUCUGAAGAGGAAGCAAGCAGUUCCGAUCGUUAGUGCAGCAGCUAAAAAGCCCAAGGUGACGACCCCAGUGACGACGCCCCCGCGUAUGUUCACGCCGUCUUCGACGCCUCCUCCCGCUGCGAAGCGUGCUAGAUCGGAGCUGGAAUUCUUUGAACUGCGUCUUCGAGAAGAGCACAUGAAGAAGACUCCAGGAGCAAAGUUCGAGUUGUCCGCUGCAGAUCUCCAGCGUCGGUUUGGCGAGGCAUCUGCGGACGUUCGACACCAGUGUCAACUAUUGGCUGCGCACGAUGUCGAGCGGUUCAAUCGAGAGGUGGUGCGUGUACGGAUUUGGCAGAAGGCUAUGGGGGGCAACAACGUUCAACCAGCUCCAUCACCAGCGUCCAAGCCAGCUGCAUCACCGUCACAGACUAGUGGAACGAAGAGCGCUGGCCCUACAGCCGCUCUACUCGCCCACACUGCCGCGGUUGCUGCAGCUGCAGCGAAGGCCAAGAGUGCUGCCUCAACAACUACUGCUAGUGUAUUGAAACCUGUACAACAGCAGAAAGAUGCAAACCCCGCUAUGUGAUUAACUAGUUUAUCACGAUGUUGAUGAAAGGCUAAUGUCAUUUUGACAACAGCAGGAGUAGUAUUUCAAAUUUUGGGGAGUACUACGUAUUCAUAAAAAAGUGAUAUAUUUUCUUGCAUUGACCAGCUAUGCAGAGCAAAGACUAACUUACAUAGAGUG